AUGGCAUUUUCUUUCCACGUUCGCUCUAACAGUUUCCCUUCCAGACCUCACCCUCAAGCCGCUCAUGUCGAUGAGCAGCUAGCCCGUUUACGAUCUUCUGAGAAAGCCUCAACAUCUUCCAUUUCUUCUAUCUGUAAAAAACUUGACAGCCUUCAAGAGCUACACGAGUCUCUUGAUAAGCUUAUCCGUCUACCAGUUACCCAACAUGCUCUAGCUCAAGACAAGAACAAGAAAGCCGUCGAGCAGCUUCUUGAUGGAUCUCUUAAGAUCUUGGAUCUGUGCAACAUUUCCAAGGAUGCUUUGUCGCAGAUGAAAGAGAGUCUCAUGGAGAUUCAAUCGAUUCUAAGAAGAAAGCGUGGAGAUCUAUCAGGAGAGGUCAAGAAAUAUUUAGCCUCAAGAAAGUCACUCAAGAAGACAUUCCAAAAAGUACAGAAGCCUUUGAAGGUUGCACAAGAUGGAGAAUCUUUUGCUAUCUUUGAAGAAGCAGAAGCGGUCACAAUUGCUUUGUUUGAUUCUAUCUUUAGCUACAUGUCUGGAUCAAAGAACUGGGGCAAAUGGUCAGUCGUCUCAAAGCUAAUGAACAAGAAGAUUGUUAUAUUUGAAGCUCAAGCAAACGAAUUUACAAGGGUUGAUUCUAAAUUUCAAUCUGAAAACACCUUGAAGAUAGAAGAUGUUCAGAUCCUAGUGUCAUGCAUUCAAGAUCUUGAAGAUGGUGUUGAAUCACUUUCAAAGUCAUUGGUCAAAUAUAGAGUCUCAGUUCUUAACACAUUAGGCCAGUAA